AUGUGGUAGGACUGGAAGGAAUCCGCCUCCCAACCAACCCUACAUACCCCCAUCAUGGGAGAUUUUCUCUUCCAAUCGAUAAUAGUAGAGAUGAACAAUUGUCAAGGAAAAAAGUGUCAAAAGGAACAAUAUGAUAAACAAAGAGAACAAGUAGCCCAUUAUUAUGGCACUGUAUUGAGUUCCAAUCGAGACUUGAAGUCUUCAGCUUGUUGUCAAGCACAAGAACCGUCCAUUCACAAAGCCAUAUGUAGUCGGUUGCCCGAUGAAAUUCUAGAAAGAUUUUAUGGUUGUGGAAGUCCUAUUCCUCCUGCGUUAACCAACGCAAUAGUUCUGGACCUCGGAUGUGGUACGGGAAGAGACGUGUACGUUUGUAGUGCUUUGGUAGGUGUUGGUGGUAGAGUGAUUGGAUUGGAUAUGUUGGAUUCCUCUUUGCAAGUAGCAAGAAAGUAUCAAACGACUCUAUCAAAACAGUUCUUUCCAGAUUUGGAGUCGUAUUCCAAUGUCGAGUUUCUCUGUGGAUAUAUGGAACAGUUGGAAGAAGCUGGAGUGGAAAGGGAGAGUUGUGACUUGGUGAUAUCCAAUUGUGUCAUCAAUUUAGUGCCUAAUAAGGAACAAGUAUUUCGACAAGUGUACUAUACGUUGAAAGUAGGAGGAGAACUUUAUUUUAGUGAUAUAUAUACGGAUAGGAGAAUGAGUGAAGUGGCAAAAACAGAUCCGCUUCUUAUAUGUGAGUGUUUAGGAGGAGCACUAUAUUUACAAGAUUUUAAGUCGAUAGUGGAAUCCAUUGGCUUUUUGGAUCCUCGAAUGGUAACUUGCAAGAAAGUAGAACAUUCACUUUCGAAUGAACUCGAGUCCAAAAUCAAAAAUGUGACAUAUUAUUCUUGUACUUUUCGUAUGUUUCGUCUGAAUGAUGGGUUAUUAGAACACAAUAGGGAAGAUUAUGGAGAAGAAGCUGUUUAUUUGGGUACAAUAACAGAAUGUCCAGACGUUUUUGAGUUGGAUAUGGAUUAUCGAUUUCCUAAAGCUGUCAGUGUUCCAGUUGAUCAUAAUACUGCCAAUAUUUUAAGAUAUUCUAGAUAUGGUAGUCACUUUUGUGUAAGUGAGAAGAUGGAACAUAGAGGGCCCUUCAUUCAAAAGAAAGGGAAUUGUUGUUACAACUUAGUUGAUUGGCAUAAAUAAAAUAUGGUACUUUAUCGAAAAGGAUUGGUAAAUAUGUUACAAAAGUCAUUGAAGGAGUUUAAAGAUGUUGUUCGUGCGGAGGGGAUUAAGGAAGACUUUUCCAAAAACGAGUAUUUUGUAACCAAAGGAGAGAAGAUACGUGCCAAUAGACUACAAGCACAGUAUAGAAGAAAGGCAAGCAAGACGUGGAAUAUGACAAAUACUUUGUUGGAAAGACAAUCAAGAGGUUUCUAGUGGCGCAUAUAAAUAUAUAUAUAUAGAGAGAGAGAGAGAAAGACAGAUAUUAUGAAAGAAGGAGUAUAAAAGUGGAACAAAGGAAAAAUAAAGAGUCAAGUUGGUUC